GAAAGUUAUUGACGUGUCAGCUAAUUGACAAUAUUUAAACGACCGUUUCAAAUCACAAAAAUGUGCACUGUUAAGUAAACUGCCCUGCUUCACCUGUGUUGAGCUUGUGCGCAUGUCAGGACUCAGCAGUGUGUUUGUUUCCCUGAAGAUGGUCGCUUUCAGAGGACUUUAUCACAGGUUCUCCCGUCUGGCAAAAUUUGCUGCUCAAAAGCAAGUCAGGAAACGUGACAAAUGGUGCACCAUUGCCACUGGCAUCAUGGCAGACAAAAAGAGCCAGGCAGUGUCAGACGGAGAGUUGAACAUGUCUGCACGGGGCUGUGGAGGCAGCAGCUCCAGCCUUCCAGGGACUCCGGGCGGAGAGGCCGGCCCAGCCAACAGUGUGCUGAGCUGGGCCGUCUCAUUUGAGAAGCUGCUGGAGGACCCCUGUGGAGUUGGCCACUUUACGGCCUUCUUGAGGUCGGAGGUGAGUGCGGAGAACAUUUUAUUCUGGCAGGCUUGUGAAAAGUUCAGGAAGAUCCCAGCCACCUCCUUGGACGAGCUGAAAGCAGCAGCUCGCUCCAUCUACAACACCUACCUGUCCGACAGCGCUCCCUACUCGGUCAACAUCGAUGACACGGCCAAGACAGAGGAGAAGGACCUGGAACAGCCCACACCUGACAUGUUUAACAAGGCUCAAGCACAGAUAUUUAAACUGAUGAAGAUGGACAGCUACAGGCGCUUUGUGCGCUCUCCUCUCUACCAUAGCUGCACCAUGGCAAAUGUAGAAGGCAAACUUCUGCCUAAGCUGUCUAUAGAGCCGGUCCGUAUGGGAUCCUUGGAGGACAUGGCCACCAGAAGCCACUCAUUAAGUGACAAGAAGAACAAGACCUCAGACUCUAACAGCUUGCCAGGUGGUAAGAGUGCCUCAGAGAAACAGCGACAGAAAAGAGGAUCCUGGGGAGAUCCAGCCAACAUCCAUGGUUCAGCCUCCCAUAUGUCUGUCAAGUCAAGCAGCAGUGUGGAGCUCGGCUCCCUCUGCAGGCAGCUAGAGAAUGGCAAACUGAGUCCCCAGUCCCCAGAACAGGGUGGUGGGAGUCGGUUAGGGGUGGAGGGGGGCUACUGCUGUGUCUACCUACCUGAUGGCAGUGCCUCCCUUGCCCCUACACGUAAUGGCCAACUCAUCAAAGAUAUGCUGGCUAGCCUGUGUGAGAAGAGAGGCUUCCCGCUGAAAGAUGUCAUCAUCUACCUUCAUGGCAAGGACAAGCAGCCCUUAUCGCUGGACCAGGACUGCUCCGUACUGAGAGAUCAGCAGGUCUCUCUAGAGCUCAGGGUGACAUUUGCGCUAGAGAUUGCCUUCACUGGUAAGACAGUGGGGAUCAUGGUGAAGUCUAGUAAGACUCUGCAGGAAGCCCUCUCAGCAGUGCUGCAGAAACACCAUCUCAAGCUGCAAGAGGCCCUGGUCACCAUGGUUGGAAGUGACGAGCCUGUGAACAUGACUGGCACUGUGUUCAGACUGGCCAAUAAGACGUUACGGCUUGACAAAACCAAAGGAGGAAGAGACCAAAGCAGCAUUUCUAGAGGCAGUGGUUCUGCUGCAGCCACACAGGCAGGAGCAGUGAGUGCAGGUGGUCUGGAGGCCCCGAUCAUCAGAGCCAAGACUCAGCCCAAGCCCAGUAAGAACCGCGACAUGGAGGGGUUUCUGGACAUGCUGACGAGGGCUCAGUGCAGCAGGGUUGAUGACCAGAGAGGUCUUUUGACCAAAGAUCAGCUGGAGGUCCCUCUGUUCCUGCAGCUGCCCUCAGACCAGGGGCAGGACACGGAGCCAAACGAGCCCAGUACAACCGGCUCCUCCAAUGCAGACUACAAAGAGAAAGACGUCAAAGAAGACAAGACAUCGUUAACUUCAAGUUCAGCUGGAACAGUGGAGGAAACCCCUGACGCUGCUGAAUCUGAACCCAAAGACUUAAGGGAAACAGCAGUCUGAAAGACUGAAGAGUGUGCGGGGUGGACACAGACACAACCAAAAGCUACAACAAACAUUUCGCAGCAUCAUGUUGCCAAUCAUGUCAAAAGACAGGAAGUCAUUGUUAGUGAAAAAUGGUCAAGCACUUUUUAUAAUUGUUUACAAAUAAGCUCUGAGACAGCAGUGUGCUACCAUCUCUGCUACUGAAAAUUGGCCUCUUGAGGCAAUAUGUAAAGAAGAAAGAUCAUGGCAAGCAUUUAUAGUGUCAUUACAAAACACUACACAUUUUAAUGGGGAAAAAUGUUUGCUAUGAAUUGUUAAAUGUAUCCAAACAUGUUUUGAAAAGAAGUUUUAGCUCAACAUUUCACCCUGACGCCAAUUUGUUUUUACUUUAGUGUUCCCUGAUGUUUAAUGUUGUACAAUUUGCAGUUCACGUUGCUUUUAUUUCUCACAAUCUCACAUUGCAGUCAUGCUUUUCUUUGAACUCUAAUCAAAAACAUGUUUCUGCACAGGACUGUCCAGAAGGGGUUUUGAAGUGUAUUGCACAAUUGUUUUUUCCUUAUUUGAAUUAAGAUUAUUGAAUAUUUUUACUGAGAUGAGUUUUUAAUAUUUUUAAAUUACUAAUUUUCAUUUUGUGUGCUUACUUGCUAAUCAAAUGUGUGUUUGAUACUUAAAUGUGUUUUGUUUGCUGUGAUGGCACUUUGAGAAGCCCUGGUCAAGUCCUGUUUUCCUGUCACAGAUGACAUCUCAGGGUCCAGAUCAUGAAUUAGUAACGUGAUAUUACAGGGAAUAAAUCAGAUGAUGUGAUCAUCAAAAAUAUCCCACAGGGUGUAUCUGAAGUAUUAAAGUGUUUUAUGAUGAAAUUUGAUCCUUUCUGUCUGUAUUUGUUGUUGGGGAAAGGUUUCAGCUUUCAGCCGUCAGUGAGGAUUUUUCUUUUUUUUUUUUUUUUUUUUUGGAUGAAUCACUGAGGUCAGUUUCUGGCUUGACACAUGCUACGUGAUUUGGUUUUAUAUGUAGUGCAGCCAGACCCUACUGCUCCAGCGGACUGGCUGUAUGACUCAUGCAGUGUAAAACAGGUCUGAUGUGUAUCUGUCUGUGUAGGUGUCAAUUAUAACUAGCUUUGAUUAUAUUGUCUUUGGUGAAUCCUGGUAGUGAAACCUCCCUCUAAAAAUGCAAUCAUGUAAUGAUGUCAUUUUUGCACGGUGACGGUGGAUCAUUGCAGUGCUGUGAUUGGCUCUUUAUGAAGGGCUUGUAGCCAAUGACUUGCCUCAUCUGUCUACAGACUUGUUGCUGGAAGGUGUUUUCCAGUUGAGGAGCCUGGGAAGACUAUUAUGGGGGUGUAUUUGGCUAUUGUAUAGGUUACAAAACAAAUUAGAUGAGUCAUAGAUGGAUUUAUCCACAUGGAUGAUUUCAGAAGCAUGCAUAUUUCAGAGUACUUGACAGUCUGACAUUUGGAAAGCAUCUCAUUAGCCCACCUUGCCUAUAUCAUCACCUUAUAGAUGUGAUUGUCACUGAAGUAAUUAACCUGAGACAAUGAGCAGAGCUGGGUAAGAAAGCAUUAAGGUGCAGUAUACAAUACCGGUUUGUUACACCCACAGCUUCCAACUGCCAGGCUGGAGACAUUAGCAUACACAACUAUGAUUGGCACUCAUAGUCUUACACGUGUGUGUUUGUGUGUGUGUGUUUCCCUGCAUGAGUGGUGCGUCGGCAGAGCUAUGAAUGGGCAGAAAGGGGUGUGUUCUCAUAGACACCAUAGCAGCUGUGAGAUGAGGAGUGCCAUCUACUCCACUGCACGUCUGUACUGAGAGAAGGGAAGGAAGAAAAGGAGGAGAUGCUCUUCGGCCCCGCUUCAUUCUAGCCUAUGAAGUCCUUCAUCCCCUUUGCCUCGCCUACAAAGGAGGGAUUCCUCAAUUAACCAAAGACGGACAGACAGUGACAAGGGACACCAGAGGAAGAGACAGGUUGUACAACCCCAGUAUUCACCAGGACAACAUCCAUCCUAAACCUGCAUCAGCACUGAGCUUCUCCUGAGAAAAAUCUUCAAGUCAGCCAUGGAACAGAAGGCAACUGAUUGUCCCACCACCACCUCUCCUCAGAAGCACAUGAAGAACAGGUCCAAAUCCACAGAGGAGAUGCAACAGACGAAGAAGGCCUUUUGCUCACAAAAAUCACUCCCAGGCAGACCAGAGCUGGACAAAGUGAAGGAGUGUCCUGACUGCUCUGACACGCCCUCGUCCUCCACGGAGGAGCUAAAGUGAUAAACAGAUGGACCAAUAGGACAUUAGAGUCGUCAUCAAGUUACAAGAUCAUCAUAAUCACAACAUGCAUAAAAAUGUACAUAUGUACACAGGGAAACAUAAAAUACUGAGGAUAAUAGUGAACUAGAUAAUAAAACACGCAAGCAAUGAAUUUAUGAUUGGCUGAAAGAAACUGUACACACACACACACACACACACACACACACAAACUCACGCACACUGAAACAAUCGCAUGUAAACAAAUGGACACCCUUGAUGAUGCUGUUUGAUUGUACUGUGAGUGUUGUAUACAUACCAAACUGAAAGUGUAUUGACAAAAAAGUGAUGCUGUUGAGUCAAUCUGUCUUUACUCUGCAAACAUUUGACAAUUGAUGCUGUUCUGAAAUACUGUAGGUUCAAAAAACAUCUUUGACUAUUGCAUAUCUUGAUGUGAUGACAGAAAGGAAUAAAAGCUGAGUGAAAAAAUA